GUGAAAUAGUAAAAUGUUUUCGAAAACUUUUGUCGCUCUAUUGGCGGUACUUGUAUGUGCCCAAGCCGUGUGUGCUGUUAACAUCAUUUCCAAGUCCGAAUGGGGUGGUGCUGCUGCUACCAGCAAAACAUCUUUGGCUAAUGGUUUGUCUUAUGCUGUUAUUCAUCAUACCGCUGGAGCCUAUUGUUCCACCAAGGCCAGCUGCAUGCAGCAGAUGAGAAAUAUUCAAAGUUAUCAUCAAAAGACUUUGGGUUGGGCUGAUAUUGGUUAUAACUUCUUGAUCGGUGGUGAUGGUAAUGUUUAUGAGGGUCGUGGUUGGAAUGUUAUGGGUGCUCAUGCCACCAACUGGAAUUCUAAAGCUAUUGGUAUUUCCUUUAUGGGCAACUAUAACAAUGAUAAACCCACUGCUGCUCAAAUCUCUGCUGCUAAGGGUUUGUUGUCUGAUGCUGUUGCUCGUGGUCAAAUUAAGUCGGGUUAUAUCUUAUAUGGUCAUCGUCAAGUGGGUUCAACUGAAUGUCCUGGCAAUAAUUUGUAUAAUGAAAUCAAGAAAUGGUCUAACUGGAAGGCUUAAGUUGUCAUUGGCAAAUUGUGUUAAUUGAAAUGAAAUAAAGCAAAUGUUUUUAGUGAAAA